ACACGUAUCCUACCUUCUCUCACCACCUCAUCCCUCCUCCACCAUGACUUCUUCUACUUCCCUCUCUCUUCGUUUCAGCCCUCCUCCACACACUCUCCUCCCUUCCAAACCCAGAAGAUCCCUCGUCGUCGCCGCCGCUCAGACUGCUCCUCCGGCCGUAGAAGCCGACAGGCUCGAGCCGAGAGUGGAGUUGAGAGAUGGGUUUUUCAUUCUCAAGGAAAAGUUUCGUAAAGGGAUUAACCCACAGGAGAAGGUUAAGAUCGAGAGUGAGCCAAUGAAGCUGUUCAUGGAGAAUGGCAUUGAAGAGCUAGCCAAGAAAUCUAUGGAAGAGAUCGAUGGCGAAAAGCUGACGAAAGAUGAUAUUGACGUUAGACUCAAGUGGCUUGGUUUGUUCCAUCGCAGGAAGCAUCAAUAUGGUAAGUUUAUGAUGAGGCUGAAACUACCAAAUGGUGUGACCACAAGUGCACAGACGCGGUACUUAGCGAGUGUGAUUAGGAAGUACGGGGAAGAUGGAUGUGCUGACGUGACAACAAGACAGAACUGGCAGAUCCGUGGUGUUGUGUUGCCUGAUGUGCCUGAGAUCUUGAAAGGUCUUGCUUCCGUUGGGUUAACGAGUCUCCAAAGUGGAAUGGAUAACGUGAGGAACCCUGUUGGGAAUCCUAUAGCUGGGAUUGACCCUGAUGAGAUAGUCGAUACAAGACCUUACACGAACCUUCUCUCGCAGUUUAUUACUGCCAAUUCGCUUGGAAAUCCGGAGUUCAGCAACUUGCCGAGGAAGUGGAAUGUGUGUGUGGUUGGGAGUCAUGAUCUCUACGAGCAUCCGCAUAUUAAUGAUCUGGCUUACAUGCCUGCUAAUAAAGAUGGUCGGUUUGGAUUCAAUUUGCUUGUGGGAGGAUUCUUUAGCGCCAAAAGAUGCGAAGAAGCUAUUCCUCUCGAUGCUUGGGUCCCUGCUGAUGAUGUUCUUCCACUCUGCGGAGCUGUUCUCGAGGCCUUCAGAGAUCUUGGAACUAGAGGAAACCGACAGAAGACAAGAAUGAUGUGGCUCAUCGACGAACUUGGUAUUGAAGGAUUUAGAGCUGAAGUAGAGAAGAGAAUGCCAAGUGGGAAACUCGAGAGAGAGUCUUCGGAGGAUCUUGUGAACAAACAAUGGGAGAGGAGAGACUACUUCGGAGUCCACCCUCAGAAACAAGAAGGUCUUAGCUACAUAGGCCUUCACUGUCCCGUCGGCAGGCUACAAGCGGAUGACAUGGACGAGCUUGCUAGAUUAGCCGACACCUACGGUUCAGGCGAGCUCAGACUCACGGUGGAGCAAAACAUCAUCAUACCAAACGUGGAAACUUCGAAAACGCAAGCUCUGCUUCAAGAACCGUUCCUCAAGAACCGGUUCUCACCCGAGCCAUCGAUCUUGAUGAAAGGUCUGGUUGCUUGUACCGGAAGCCAGUUCUGCGGACAAGCGAUAAUCGAGACGAAGCUAAGAGCCUUAAAAGUGACUGAAGAAGUUGAGAGACUCGUAGCUGUGCCGAAGCCUGUGAGGAUGCAUUGGACAGGGUGUCCCAACACGUGCGGACAAGUCCAAGUGGCGGAUAUCGGGUUCAUGGGAUGCUUGACACGUGGCGAGGAUGGUAAGGCUGUGGAGGGUGCUGACGUGUACGUUGGAGGGAGAGUAGGAAGCGACUCGCAUAUUGGAGAGAUUUAUAAGAAAGGUGUGCCUGUUACGGAUUUGGCUCCAUUGGUGGCUGAGAUUCUAGUCAAAGAGUUUGGUGCUGUGCCUAGAGUGAGAGAAGAGAAUGAAGAUUGAUUGUUUCAAACCU